AUUUCUCUUCUUCUUCUUUAUUGCUUAUAGCUUCUGAGCAUCAAUGGAUCCACAUCAUAAUAAUCUUCUCCUCUUUGUAGCCUUUUUUGUUCUCUGCUUAGCCGCGAGUGGAGUAACCGGGUAUGCCACGGUCACAGGCUCGGUGUUUUGUGACCAAUGCAAGGAUGGGGAGAGAUCUUUGUUUGAUUUUCCUGUCUCUGGAAUCAAGGUUAGUGUCACAUGUUCUGAUGAAAAUGGAGAGGUCUAUAUGUCAAGAGAAGAGACUACUAAUUGGCUUGGAGGUUAUGUAAUGAGAUUUGAUGGUACACCGGAUCUGAGUAACUGUUAUGCUCAAGUUUCAGAUAAUGGAGUUCAACAAGACCCAAGUAGUUGCAGCAUUGCUUCAGGUCCUGCACAGAAACUUAAACUAAUGUUCAGCUUUUUUGGGAUUGAAACGUUUGCUGCGGAUGCGCUUCUUGCUCAGCCAAUUCAGCCAAGGUCUUUUUGUCCUAAACCACCCGCAGCUCCGGUCAUGCCUCCUCCUCAAGUCCCGGUCAUGCCUCCUCCUCAGGUCCCGGUUAAGCCUCCUCCUAAGGUCCCGGUUAUAAGUCCUGAUCCUCCAGCUAAAUUGCCUCAUCCUCUGGUCCCGGUCAUAAGUCUUCCUCCAGUUACAUCACCUCCUCAGUUUAAGCUUCCACCUUUGCCUCCAAUGCCAUUUGUAGAGCCAUCAGCUUGUUCUCACCAGUUGUGGAUGAAACCUGAGUACAGAUGCUACUGGAAGGUGAUAGGUCCAGACACGAAGGUUGCGGUUGCAUUUGGGCUAGUAGCCGGGAGGAGAUACGGCACUGAUAUGACAGUACGUGAAGCGCUUGACGGGCGAGGAGAAGCCUAUAAGACACUCCUAAGAGAGGCAACAACUGCAUUACUCAAUUCAUACAACUCUCUAGGCUUUCCAUAUAAUUCCAUCGCUGUGAUCACAUAUACCAAUUUGGCUCUCCUCGGGAAUUCGGAACAUGAUGUUCUCAUGACCGCUAUUCGUUUCAUUAAGGCUAAUUCCGGAACCUGCAGAUUUACAGUCUGCAAUUGAUUGUUGUGUUUUUCUUCCUUACAUACUCUACACUUUCAUUGUUUUAGGGUCCUUUUGUAAUACUAUAAAAGUCUAUACCUGGAUUCAUUGGAGAAUUUAUGGACUUUUGUUAUAUUCCCUCUUUAUACUAAGCAUUAAAAUUAGUUGUUACAA